AAGCGAUGUCAAUAUAAAACACAGUCGUGUCACGAUCAAUACCACACGCCAUCCACAUUCAUCACAAGAUCGGAAGACAUCAUGAGAAUCUUUACCGCUCUUGCUCUCGCCUUCGCUGCCAUUGCAAGCGCAACCUCAAUCUCAUAUGACCCAACAUACGAUCAGGCAACCAACUCAUUGAACGAGGUCAGCUGUAGUGACGGUCCCAACGGCCUUGAAACGAAAUAUGGCUGGCAGACCUUCGGCGACAUCCCCAACUUCCCAUACAUCACCGGCAGCGAUACCAUCCCCGGCUGGAACUCGAAUCAAUGCGGCCAGUGCUUCUCGGUAACUUAUAACGGCAACACAAUUUACGUCCUGGGGAUAGACCACACCGACGCAGGGCUUAACAUGGCACAGGCAGCCAUGGAUAGUCUCACUGGCGGCCAAGCCGUGGCACUUGGCAGGGUCGACGCGGAUGUGAGCGCUGUCGACGUCAGUAACUGCGGGUUAACGCCGUCGAAGCGGUCGCGUGUGUUCAGAGCAUAGGUGUUUGAGGGAGGAGCCGUUGCUCCUGAGCUGAGAUGGACGCAUUGAAUGGUGCAUAGCGUGGCGCUUAAUAUAAGGCUUGAGGGUCCGUGCAUCAGCUAUCCAAAGUCAUUACUGCUAUUCUUU